AUGUUUAUGAAUGAAAAAAAUAAAAUCGUUUCUGAACUAUCAGAUGAAGCAUGGAUUCUUGAAUUGGCAUUUUUAACAGAUAUUACAACAUUUUUGAAUGAAUUGAAUAUAAAAUUACAAGGCAAAGGAAAAUUACUCUCAGAUAUGUACACUGACAUUAAAUCGUUUCAAGUAAAAUUAAAACUAUUGUACAAAAAUUUGGAUCAAAACAUUUUAUAUCAUUUUUCGUGUUGUAAAUCUGCGAUUGAAAUACCAUUGCAGUGGGAUUUAAUUAAACCUCAAUUUCUCAAUAUCAUUGAACAAUUAAAAAAUGAAUUUUCAACAAGAUUUAAUGAUUUUUAUAAAUACGAUAAAGAAAUUAAAUUAUUCCAGAAUCCUUUUCAAGUGGACAUAAAUAAUGUCAAGAAUAAUUUACAAAUGGAAGUCAUUGAACUUCAAAAUGACGAGGUUCUAAAAAAUUAUUUUCGGGAAGCAACUAGUUUGCCUCAAUUUUAUAGUUGUCUUCCAAUAUCUACCUUCCCUGGAAUCAGACAAUUCUCCCAAAAACUUAUAGCGGCGUUUGCAAGUACGUAUAUAUGUGAGCAGAUAUUUUCCAUUGUGAAGUACAGAAAAGCACACUUCGCGCCUUAG